AUGGGUUCCUUGGUGCCGGUGGAACCAUGCAAAUCCACAGCAUUCAUGCAUGUUUCGGGUCUUGGUCAUUUCGCAGGACUCGGCACCGGAACCUAUGCCGCUGGUGGUGGUCUGGAAUCCGGACUUGUGAGUGCCGCCAAACUAGCAGUGGGUGGAGCUCUGGCCAGUGACGGAGGCCUUGGAGUCGGGGGGCUUGAUGUCGGAGGCCUCGGUGGCGCCGGCCUCGUUGGUGGCGUUGGUCUUGGAGGUCAUGGUCUCGAAGGCGGUGGUCUCGGACUCGGUGUUCUCGGAGGCAGUGGUCUCGGAGGAGCUGGUCUCGGACACGGAGGAGGCGGUUUGAAAGCCACCGGCGUCACAUACAUAGGAAACGCCGGUGUCGGGUACGCGGGCGACGGUGCUGGAAAUGGAGGAGGCGGCGGUGGCGGACAUGGAGCAGGAGGUGGCCUCGGAAACGGAGGAGGAGGGGGCGGAUACGGUGGGGGAGGUGGCCAAGGCAAUGGAGGAGGAGGAGGCGGAUACGGUGGCGGAGGUGGCAACGGCAACGGAGGCGGAGGAGGUGGCGCUGGAUACGGUGGGGGAGGAGGCUUUGGGAACGGAGGCGUAGGCGGAUACGGAGGAAAGGGGGGUGGAUAUGGAGGAAAGGGCGGCGGAUACGGAGGGGGCGGCGGUGGGUAUAGAGGAAACGAUGGAGGUGGUGGACUUGAAAACGGAGGACAAGGUGGCGGAUACGGAGGAAACGGAGGAGGUGGCGGCCUUGAAAACGGAGGGAACGGAGGAGGAUACGGAGGUCAAGGAGGAGGUGGUGGCCUUGAAAACGGAGGUAAUGGGGGUGGAGGAUAUGGUGGACAAAAUGGUGGAGGCAAUGGUGGAUAUGGAGGUGGACAUGGUGGUUUUUCAGGGAACGGAGGUGGAGGGGCCGGGGGUGGAUACGGAGGUGGCAACGGCGGAUAUGGAGGUGGUGGAGGAAAAUACGGAGGAGGUGGGGGUCUAGGAAACGGAGGGGGUGGAGGAUAUGGUGGAGAUAACGGUGGUGGGUACGGAGGCUUAGGGAAUGGUGGGAACGGGGGAGGUGGGGGUAGGGAAGGAGGAGGAGGCAGUAAUGGUGGUGGAGGAUAUGGCGGUGGUAAUGGCGGUGGGGGAUAUGGCGGUGGUAAUGGCGGUGGUAAUGGCGGUGGUAAUGGCGGUGGGGGAUAUGGUGGUGGUAAUGGUGGCGGAGGAUUUGGAGGUGGUAAUGGCGGUGGGGGAUAUGGAGGUGGUAAAGGCGGUGGGGGAUUAGGAGGUGGAAAUGGUGGUGGAGGAUUUGGAGGUGGAAAUGGUGGUGGGGGAUUUGGAGGGGGUAAAGGUGGUGGUGGAUUUGGAAAUGGCGGUGGUGGCUAUGGAGGAGCCGGUUUCGGGGGCGGUGGGGUAGCAUUAGGAAAUGGAGCUUUCGCUACAGGUUUUGAUGGGGAUUACGGAGGCGGCUUUGGCAGUGGUUUCCACGGUGGUUACGGUGGUGAUUUUGGGUAUGACCUUGGUGGUCCCUUACCUUAUAAAGUAAUCAAGGUUAAAAAGCCUCAUCAUCACUACAAGUACGUAAGCAAGCCCGUUUUUAAAUACAUCAAGCAUCCGUUUUCAAAGUUUCACCAUCACAUCGGGCCAGUUGUAACGUACAAACACGCAGUGCAACACGUCGAUGACAACGACUGGGACGACGAACACGAGGGAGAGGCACAUUCAUACGGAGACCAUGACGGGAGGCUCCGUGGCAUUGGCUUCGGGGUGGGAUUCAAGAUCCCUAUCCUCAACCUCGGGGUGCAGUUCACGAAGAAGGUGAAGAAGCUGCACUAG